CUCUCGGAUGAUUCAUUCGUAUUGUCAAGUGAACGUGCACGAGAUAAGCUCAUUUUUGAGUUGACGCAUGUACGAAUAAUCUUUUAAAGUGGAAAGUUUUAGAUUUAUGGAAAAUGGAAGAAGAAACGGCAAAUCGUCCAAAGUGGUUGUGGAAACUGGAAAAUCGUAAACGGAAGCCGCAUUUAGCACAUGAAGUUGGUGCUGGUGCAUCAUGCAUGAAUUGUAAGUCUGCAUGUCCUGGUCUUGAUUUGCAUUUUUGGCGAAAAAUUUGCAAAAAUUGCAAAUGUGGCCGGGAUGAUCACGAUGUCGAUGAUGCUGAAUUUCUACAAUUUGAUCUAUUGUUUGGAUCAAGAAGAAAAUUUGAAAAGAAGCUCAUGCGUUUACAAGUAAAUAACAAAAAACAAAUUGAAGUUGAAACUAUAUUUGAGUGGAUACCGCCAGAUACAACUAAAGAACUUGCUGUGGAUUAUAUGAAAGCUUUACCUGUAGAAAAAUUACCAAUUAAAGGAUCUGUCGGUGCUGCUUUGCGGAAACAAUUAUUACAGAAACAAUUACCACUUCAUGAUAUUGAUCACCAUGUUUGUGAUGAACUUAGUGAAGAAGAACAGAAACAAUUUGAAAAAUAUUUAUCGAAUAUAAAAGAGUAUGUAGGGCAAGGCAAAGUAAUAAAAAUGUUAGGUGCUCGCCCGUUCGAUCGUUCUCUUAUGACACCUAUCAAUGCAACUGAUAUGCAACAUCUCAGUCCACAGCAUAAAUCUUAUGUACCUCCUUCUACUGGUGUUCAAUUACGUGUACCAAGUAGCUUUGCCGUGAAAAACCCAUAUACAAAACAUUCAUAUGAAGUUCAAAAUAAGCCAAAUACUAUAAAUGACAAUAAGAUAUCCAAUCCUGAAGAAUAUAACUGUUCACUAAUUAAUGUAUCUGCCAAUAACAAUAUUGCAAAAUCGCAACUAACUGGAGGGAAAUUCAUUAAUGAACAUUCUCAACAUGCAAAUAAUACAAUGUCAAACGAAAGAGCUGUAGACAGUAAAAUAAUUAAUUCUUCAAUACCCGCCCAUCUUGCUGAACAAGAAAUCGUACCUGCUCGUGAAAUGCAUACUUCUGGAAAUUACAUAUCUUACGGAGAGAAUGCAUUGAAAAGUACUUUAGAGGGAUAUAGAGAAACUCUGAAUAAUAUUGCGCCGUGCAGUGCACACUUGGAAACUAUUAACAGUGAAGCAGUUUCUCUGGCGGAAUCGAUGUUGGCGGACGCUCUUCUUCCACCCAGUGCAAUACAUGCUAGCGAUAUUAUUGGAAGUACAUUAGAUGAGAAAAGCCUGAUGUUUAUAAGAGAAAAGCUUGCCGAUAAGUAUAAUGCCAUAGAAAAUUCGGCGAUGCAUGCUGUUCCUAAAUCAUCUCGAUUAUUAGACACGAAUGAUGUAUUACAUAGCGGCGGAUCCAAGGAAAAUAAUAAUAAUCCUGAGAAUAUUAAUAAAGAUGUAAAAAGAACAGCUAUAAUUGCUACGAAAAAUCCUACAGGAACUUUGUUGGAAAAGGCAGAAGUUAGCAAUAUUGUAAACACUCCUUUAGAAGCAGAGAGAAAGAUAUAUAAACCUUCAUCUCAAAUAAUUGAAUCGAUUGCUUUACCUCUUAAAACAAAUCACAAACCGGCGAAAAAUAAUUCUUCGGUGAUAGAAGAAUCUAAAACUAUAAGAGAAAACACUAUGGAUCCCUUAUUAAAUGAAUACACUCCUAUGAACCCUACUCUUCCCAUACUGAAUUCAACAUUGCAAACUAGUUCGCAAUGUCCUGUUAAUGCUAAUCCGUUACAAGCCGAGUUGAAUAGCUUGAGUUUGCAACCAACUGUCAUAUAUUCCGAACAAUUGCAAAACCAAAUAUUUCCUCAUAUUGUUGGAGACUUCAACGAACAAUCAAACACACAGCAUAUAGAUCAUCUAAAAGAUAAUGUAGAGGAUUUAAAAAUUGAUUCAACAAAAGUACAUAAGUGUGAAAAGUGCCAUGAAGAUAUACGUAUCGGUGAUGUGAUUGUAACUGCAGAGAAAGCUAACAAUGCAUUCUGGCAUCCUGGUUGUUUUGUUUGCUCGAUGUGCAACGAAUUAUUGGUAGACCUGGUAUACUUUUACUAUAACAAUAAGUUAUAUUGUGGAAGAGAUUUGGCUGCAUUCUUGGGAAUUGUCCGAUGUUUUGCAUGUGAUGAGUUAAUUUUUGUACCAGAAUAUACAGUUGCAGAAGGACACAAUUAUCAUGUAAAACAUUUCUGUUGUUGGGAUUGUGAUAUGCCAUUAGCUGGGCAACAAUAUAUUACUGAAAAUGAUCGCCCAUUAUGUCUUCCUUGUUAUCAAAAAUCAUAUGCAAAAACAUGUGCUGCCUGCAAUAUGGUGAUUGCUGCUGAUCAACAGGGUGUAGCUAUAAAAAAUUUGAAUUUUCAUGCAACUGAAGUCUGCUUUUCCUGCUAUUGUUGUAAAAAGAACUUACUAAACGGUAGAAUGGCAAUAAAAGAAGAUAAAUUAUUCUGCAGUAAAGAAUGUAUUGCAAAGUUCCUCAAUCGAUAAAAGACAUGUAUAUAUAAAUAAAAAGAUCUAUUUACUAUUUUUGAUAUGUUACUUUUUCAGCAUCAGAAUAAAAUAUAUUCAUGUAUAAAAUUAUUUUAAAAAUCUAAAAAAUAUACAAUGUGUUAAAUGUUAAUAUGAAAUUUGCAAUAAAUUCUUAAUCAUUUAUUCAUAGAACUUAUAAUAAUGGAGAAACCUUAUCUAUGUGCCAAUCAUAGGCAAGUUUGUUUUAAGAGGGAUCAAUGAGAAUUAAUACGUCAUAUACGUCAUUCUUAAUCAAGUUUAAUAAUAUUGAUAAUUUUAAGGCUGGUCAAUCGUAGUCAAUCCAUUUUUCAGAGAAACAGCUAUACUUGAUCAAUUUUAGAACUUCAGAUGUUAUUAAACUUGAUUAAGAGUGACAUAACUGUACUCAUGUGAAUAUAUUAUAACUUAACUAGAUUUACUCUUGUUGUCCUUUUAAAAAGAAUAAGAACAAGAAAAUUAUUGAAUUCCAAUAGAAUAAGUUUAUCACACGUGUCUACAAAAACCAUAUCAAUGAUAUAUAAUAAUAAUUUCUGAUUUUCUAUUUC